AUGGAUGUUAACAGAGAUGUAAUAGUUGGCAAUGGGCCGCCAUCGAGACGGAGGUCAACGUUAGAGGAGGAGCUGAAGCAGCAACCCCACAAUUCGGUUCGCAUCGUUUUUGGAGGCAGAAGAGAAAACUGGGCAAAAUGGAUACAGGCCAAUCCGAACUGGGUGACAACCCUUACGAUCCCCCAAGAAUUUUGGAAAACAGCCACGGAUGACUUGAACGGUUGUUCUAAUGCAAAAUAUACCCUGGAUAGCAAUGGCUCAAUCACAAGCCUUGAUACGUGGUCCUGCUUCAAGAUGAAGGAAGCCAACGCAGAGGAUGAAUACAAGUGGCAUCAGAUGACAAUGUUCAUCAGAUGGAACUCGGCAGAACAGAAUACAUUUAUCUAUUGUUUCGAUUUUUCCAAAAACGUGCUGGAUGGAUUGAACAGUCGCGUAUCCUCCGUUGACCCAAAUGAUCCGUAUGCUUGGCAUGCUAUUUUUAUUAAUGAACUCAGAGUGGUAUACGAUAAGUGUGUCUGGAAAAUACGAAAUCUAGUCCGCGACGCUGAAAAGACUCGGAACGGAACCCACAGCUCCCGGCCCGAUUUCCCCCAACUUCACGAGAUUGCACGACAUGCAAUUCACUCAAACGAGACUCUAGAUGUUGCAGUAGACACAAUGGACAGCAUCAUUCACGAACACGGAUUGUUUAUUUUGCACCAGCGGAGCACUGGCCAUGUGAGCCAAGAAUGUACGCCUGGUUCACGGCCAAUACCAAAGUUAGUAGCCGAUGUCAUUGAACGACAGCUGUACUAUCAUUUGAAGGAACUUCGUGCUAUCAAAGCACGGUCCGAAUCGUUGAAAGACCGCCUCCAGAAUGAAAUCAACUUGGGAUUUAAUAUCGUCUCGCAAACAGAUACCGCCACAAUGAAAAUUAUAUCUGCAGUGGACUCUGUUUGCUACUCCGGUGACGGUGGCAGUGAUACUUGUUUGGCUCUUAUGGCACUACUGGUAUCUGAUAACACGGAAUGCUAA